AUGUCCCCAGUGUCCCCGAUACCCCCAGUAUCCCUGGUGUCCCCAGUGUCCCCAAUGUUCCCAGUAUGCCUGGUGUCCCCAGUGUCCCCGGUGUCCCCAGUGUCCCCAAUGUCUGCAAUGUCCCCAAUGUCCCCAGUGUCCCCGAUACCCCCAGUAUCCCUGGUGUCCCCAGUGUCCCCAAUGUUCCCACCCCGUCCUUGUCCUCUUCUCAAUCCUCAUCCCAUCUUCAUCCUCAUCCUCAACCUCAACCUCAACCUUGUCUUCAAUGUCUUCCUCAUCGUCGUCAUCCUCAUCAUCAUCGUCAUCAUCGUCAUCAUCCUCAAACUUCACCUUGUCUUCAAUCUCUUCCUCAUCAUCCUCAUUGUCAUCAUCAUCCUCAUCAUCAUGAUCCUCAUCAUCAUCAUGCUCCUCAUCGUCAUCAUCCUCAUUGCCAUCCUCAUCCUCAUCAUCAUGAUCCUCAUCGUCAUCAUCCUCAUUCCCAUCCUCAUCCCCAACCUCAACCUUGUCUUCAAUCUCUUCCUCCUAAUCAUCAUCCUCAUUGCCAUCAUCGUCCUCAUCGUCAUCAUCACUCUCAUCCUCGUCAUCGUCAUCCUCAUCUCACCUCCUCCUCCUCGCACCAUCCUCGCUGUCCCCCUAUUGUCCCCGCGCUGGCCCUGUGCUGUCCCCGCUGUCCCCGUGCUGUCCCCAUCGUCCCCGCAUUGUCCCCACACUGUCCCUGUGCUGUCCCCAUCAUCCCUGCAUUGUCCUCGCCCUGUCCCCUAG